AUGGCGCCUUCCAGUCCGCGCAAGUCAAUUGACAGCCUGGCUUCAGGCGCGUCUACUCCGUCUAUCUCCUUUUACUCUUCGCCCCAGUUGGAGUCUCCGCGGGUACCCCCUCAACGGUACCCCCUGAGGAGGGGAUCUACAGCGAGCUCGAUCGUGAGCAUUGGAGGAGCCUUGGACACAUCUCUUCACCAUGGCUCAAUAGCUGAGUCGGACCAGAAUGCUAUCUCCACCUUGCUCCAACCACCAAUAGUCCGCACCGGCUUAACACCUCAUACUGCAGCAACCGCCAGCGGAUACAAACCACCCUCAUCCCGCGAUAUCGCCCCAGUUACCCUCACCAACAUCACGCAUGUGGAUCCGAAGGUGUUCCAACCAUACCUGUCACAAGUCGGCGGUCUGUAUGAUGUUUUUCAACAAUCGAAGGAAAAUGCUGGAGAAGAAAACCAGCAGGCGCAGGGAAUGAAAUCCCCUAAACUUGAUGAUAAGGAAUCGUUGAUGCCUUGGAGUCCUGAACGAAGAUCUUCAUUUAUGUCUACGAGCAGUUCACGACCCACCUCACCUUAUGACCCCCGCGGAAGACGUUUCUCUGCUGGCUCACGGGGUCGCGGGCCUGCCGUGACGCCUUUGUCCACUAUCCCAACUGUUUAUUUUGAUGAGGAUUUUCAUCUAGAGAACCCCCGCACUUUCGAUGUUAUCUCAGAGAAAUCAGAGGUGGUUAGACCGCCAAGACCGCCGACAAAAGACGAUAAGCACUUGAACGGUGGCGCGCCAGAGCCUGUGCAUACCGGAAGAAAAGCAUUGGCUACUAAUGCCAUUCUCCAAGAAAAGCUUUCGUGGUAUAUGGAUACGGUGGAAAUUCACUUAAUUUCGUCCAUCUCAACUGCUUCUAAAUCAUUCUUCACGGCACUAGGUUCGCUACGGGAAUUGCAUGCGGAAGCUGCUGAUUCCGUAAACCGCAUCCAAGUCUUGCGGCGAGAUCUGCAAAAAAUUGAUAAAGAGAUGGCUCUGGGUGGCCUAAAGAUUGUGAAUUUGAGACGGCGAAGGGAGAACGUGCGAAUGCUGGCAGCUGCAGUGGCUCAGCUUCGUGAUGUUGUUGAGUCCGUCUCAAGAUGUGAAGAGCUUGUCGAACAAGGAGAUAUCGAAGUCGCUGCUGAUGAGCUCGAGGAGGUUGAUAAAUUGAUGGCUGGCGAGAAAACUUCUGACCGGCCCGCCGAGGAGGACGAGAAAGAUUUCCCAAGGCGAGCCAUUGACAUUCGAGGUCUCCAAGCUCUUGAAGGAGCUUCCGAUGACCUUGCAGUGUUGCGACAACGCAUUGGAAUGGGCUACGAGAGCCGUUUUUUGAAUGAUCUUCUAGGAGACUUACGCCAGCAUGUCCAAAAUGUGUCCUCCAACGUGACUUUGCAGCGUUGGGGUGCCUCUUUUCAGCGACAACGUGGUGGCCAACGCCCCCCGUCUAUGAUUUCCCCGGCAUAUAUGAACUUUGAUAGUGAGCUUCGGUCUAGAUUGCAAACCCAGCUUAAUGGUCUUGCACGAGCGCGUUACACCACCCCUGCGGCAACUUCGUUCAAAACAGCCGUUCUACGAGAGAUGAAGGGCUUGAUUCGCAAACACUUGCCCAGCUCCAGUGAUGACGACAAUGAGUCCAUGAUAUCGGUAUCGACACACAACGACCGGCAGCGAAGCCAACAGGAGAAAUCGUCAAGCCUUGCGCGCAAUCUUCGUGCACUUGAACCAGAAGAUGCCUACGCAAUGCUCGUUGCGGUAUACACAGGCAUUAGUGAAUGCUUGCGUCGCUUGAGUGUGCAGGUCAAAAUUCUUCUGGAUGUGGCCAGUGGCCUUGGAAGCUCUCCAACCGCCGCUGUCAAAUCCCCGCUAAGCCCUCGCCCUGGAAAUGGAGAUGAUGGAUCUUCUGCAUCUGCUAUGGCGCAGGACGAGAUCUUACAAGUCCUGGACAUGUCGAGUUUACUCGGCCAAGCGGUAGACAUUGCCCAGUCUCAGAUUACAAAGGUUCUCAAGGUUCGAUCGGAGCAGACAUCUCAACUUUCGAAAGAAGAGUUCCUGAGGUACUUCACUCUGAACCGUCUUUUUGCUGAUGAGUGUGAAGCAAUAUCCGGCCGAGGUGGCACUGCACUGAAGACGAUCGUGAGUAAUCAGAUCAAGGAAUUCAUUUCUCGUUUUGGCGAAGGCCAGCGGCAUCGUAUUGUCAAAGUCAUGGACGCAGAUCGGUGGGAUGCGCGUGACUUCGGAGAUUCAGAAGUCACAAUCCUCACGCGUAUCCUUGAAGCCAGCACCAAUGACAUUGAGUGCUGGGUUGGAGUUUCAAAGAUCUGGGUCCCGAAUGCCGAUGAUGAGAAACCCAAAUCCCCUGAAGCAAGCAGCGACGUCAACGGGUCGGGCAAGGAGAAGGUACGCACUGCCGUUAUCGACGAGCAGAAAUACAUCCUACCGGACUCAGCUGUGGAGAUUAUGCGCAGUAUUGAGGAAUUCGAAUUCCUCAUGGCCAAUAUCCCCAGCAUGAUCCAGGACAUUGCCCCACAAUUGCUGGAGAUUUUGAAACUGUUCAACUCGCGAUCCUCACAAUUGAUUCUUGGCGCUGGCGCUACGCGCAGUGCAGGCCUAAAGAACAUUACGACUAAGCACCUUGCCCUCUCGUCGCAAGCAUUGAGCUUUGUCAUUGCCAUGGUACCGUAUGUACGUGAAUUUGUCAGACGCCAGGGACAAGGGAACCAAGCUAUGGCCGAAUUUGACAAGGUAAAGCGGCUGUGCCAGGAACACCAAUCCGGUAUCCACGAGAAGCUUGUGGAUAUCAUGAGUUCGCGCUCAAAUGUUCAUGUAAAUGCUAUGAAAAAGGUUGAGUGGGAUGCGGAUAACUCAUCAGGUGUUCAUCCCUACAUGGAGACCUUAGCCAAGGAAACGGGUACUCUACACCGGGUUUUGAGUAAACAUCUUCCCGACAUGACCGUUGAGAUGAUCAUGGGCCCUGUUUUCAACAGCUACCGAGACCAAUGGAUGAGAGCCUUUAAAGAAGCUCGAGUUGAAUCAGAGGCUGGCAAGAAGAGAAUGCAAGCCGAUAUCGAACAUUUCCGCACAAAGCUGGGCAAAAUCAACGGUGCUGUUGAGGUCGGUGAUAGGCUCCUUGAGCUUGUCCAAGCCAAGACCACUGCGGCCCCUGCCCCUGCCCCUGCCCCUACACCCGAGCCAGAAGCCGAAUCCGCGAGCGAGAAUCAAGCCCAAGGCAAUGGGUCCGAUUCAGCCGAAUCUUGA